AAAAGUAGACUGCAUCAAAGCCGAACAGAAUAACGGCUUUUACCCGUUUUCAAAUUUGUGCUGAGGGUCAGGAACUAGUGAAAUAACAAUUAUGGAGGAUUUAAAUAAGUUAAACGAAAAUAUCACGAAUAUUAUUUACGCCAAUGUGGAAAAGGUGGAAAUGGUGUUUGCUCAAACUCAUAUGAAGUCAUUGAGAGAACUUUUGGAAGAGAUGAAACCAAUAGUGCAACAGUUGAAGCAUGGCAAAAGGGAUUUGUAUUAUGAGUAUAUAGAAAUUCUAAAUAAUAGAUUGAAUAAUUUCAAUAAGAAGGUGGAACCAAAUAGGUCUUUGUUUAAGGAACUUGAAGAUAAAGAAAAUGUUAAUGUUGAUGAUGCUGUUGAGGAAGAACCAAAGGUUGGAAGACCCAGGAGAAAAGCUUUUAAUAAAGCUUCAGAAAAUAUAAAAAUAGUUACUACAGAGCCCCUAAAUUCUAAGCUAAGAAGGCCAACAAUAGUAAAGAAGGAAAAAAAUGAUGAGAUUGAUGAUAAUCAAAUGCCACCACCAAAAGAUCCUCCACAGAAAAGAGGUAGGAAAAAGAAGGAGGUAGUGAUAAAAGCUGAGAAACCAUCCAAUCGGCAGACAGAUAAAAUUAACAUAAUUGAAGAAACCGUGCCAGCUAGAAAGUCAGAACGAAGUUCAGAUGUGGUCUUAAUAUCACAGGUAAAUACUGUAAUCAAUCUGAUGUCAGAUGAUGAAGAUAAUGAAUUGCCAGUAGUUGGGAAAGUGGUUCCUGAUGUUGAUGAUCUUAAUGAUGUUGAAAGUGAAGCAGAACCUGAGAAAAUAUUUUCAGCACCAGAAGAAGGAGUUGAACCAUUGAAAAAGACAAAUAGAACUAAGAAUAAAAAAUAUAGUACUAUUAGUACUGUGGAUGAUGAUGAAGUAAUUGAGGCAGGCCCUAAGAAGAGAGGUAGAACCAAGAAAAAAACUAUUGUUAAUAAAGCACCUAUAUUGGAUAUUGAUCCUAAUAUGGACGAAGAUGAGGAACUGCAGAGAAAGGCUAAAAUUCCAAAGAAGGUUGCUACAAAGAAAGUCAGUGAAUAUGAAGAAAUGGAAGAGGAGAAAACAGAGAAGGAGUUAAAGCGGUUGACUAAACGGUCAAAAUCGAAUGAACGGAAAUCUAGGGAUAAAAUCGAAAAUUCCGAAGGUGCUAAAAGCCCACGUAAGAAUAGCAGCGUCAGUAACUGGAUAUGCGAGGAUGUGCCUACAGUUUCAGAACAACCCUCAUUGUAUGAAGAUGCUGAAGGCGAGCUUGUGGACAAAUGUGACGAUUUACCAGUACCUAGUAAAAUAUCGCUUAUGACAGGAGUUAAUGAGACAAGGAUCGUUGAAACUAGAUUGCAAUCCGUAAAUGAAACAAGGGUCAUAGAAACUCCAUUGCAAUCCGUCAAUGAAACAAGAAUCAUUGAAGCACCAUUGCAAUCCGUCAAUGAAACAAGAAUCAUUGAAGCACCAUUGCAAUCCGUCAAUGAAACAGUAGUUAUCGAAAGAAAUGGAACAGAAGUUAGUACGAAUUAUAUGCUUUCGUCCGAGAAACCUAUAUUCCACAAUACAAUAAUGAACAACACUAACAACGAUUCUAUUGAUUCACUGUUUCCUAAGAAUAAGAAAGCUACUCUAAUGCAGUUAGACAAAACGAAAGUGAUUGCCAAUGAAACUGUCGUUAUCAAUGCAGUAAACGAAACGCGGAUCAUAGAAAUGCCUGUCUUACAGAAUAUGAAUCAGGAAUCGGUACAACCGAGUAAGUAUAACGAUGAGGAUGAUCAGUUCGCGUUGAAUGGAACCAAAAUAAUAACACCUGCGAUAAACGAGACCGUAGUAAUCGAUAAGACUAAUGCAAAGCCAAGUCUGCAAUCCGUUGAACCGAAAACAGUCAAAUCCAAAAAGAAACCCGAAAAGGAGAUCUUCAGCCCGUACGAGAAUAGUCCUGUCAAAAAACGGGUGGAGGCAUUCGAGAAUUACGCAAAGAGCACGUCCAAGUUGAAGAAACGUUUCCAUAGUGAUGUCGAGAAGAUGACCAGCAAGAUGACGACGCCGACGAAUAAUAGGGUCUUGCCAUCGAUGAGCAAAGGUUACGAUCCUGGCUCGGCCUCUAAAACUUUGAGUGCCAUGAAGGCAUCCAAGCAGGAGUUUAGAGAACGAGAAAUGCAUAGAAGGGAGAAGGAGAUGGAGGCCGCCAAGAAGAAGGAGGCCAUGCUUCUGGCCAUGACCGAAGAGAAAAAACGAAAGAGGGAGGAAAAAGAGAACAAAGCGAAACUGCAUCGCGAGGAACUCGAGAGGGAAAAGCAGCGGGUUUAUGAGGCUCAGAAAGUUAAGGAGGAGAAGCAGAAAUUGGCAGCGUCAGAGAAGCAUGAAAAACUUCAGAAGUUGCGUGAAGAGAACGAAAAGAAGCGACUUUUGCUGAAACAGAAACAGGAAAAGAAGAAGCUGGAUGAACAGAAACAGCGUCAGAAGGUUCCCAUAUACAUGACCAUGAAGGCACCUCUCCUCCCCACCUUCGAUUGCUACGAUUCGGACAGCGAUCAAGAGGAAAGAGACCAUCCGACCAUUGAAAAACCAGAAUGGCUUAAAGCCGAACACAUGCGACUAGCCAACAGGAUCGCAGCCUUUGUAAACGGCAAAUUGCAAAACACAUUGUUCAGUCUGAAACCGAAGACUCCGGAUCUAAGUAAGAUUUUCCAGAAUAUCGAACCAGACAGACUCAGGCGCAACUCCAGUGCCAUAUGGAAGCAUCCACCUCGUUUCACGUUGCUUCCACAUGCCGAGGAAGAAAACGAUGUUUAAUUUUAUCCAUUUU